AUGCUAUACGCGUUGCCCCGAACCCGAAACGGACUUAAGGUCGCUGUUUCCCGCCGAAACCAUGGCCGCUUCCGGAGGGCGGCUUCUGGAACCCUAAAAAAUAUCGUGCGCUUCGGAAAGGCGUGGAGCCUCGACGGUAAUCGCGCGGCUCGCAAGCGUUUUGGUCAGCUGGGCGGGCCUGCCAUGGCAUGCGCGACAAGAACCUUCACGGCGCUGUUGAUGUCCAGAGUCGACGGACUGGACAGCUCUCGUUUUUACUUGACAGUCGGCGAGGGAAGGAUGUUCCGUUUGGAGUUCUGCGCAAAUGUAACGGUUCACGAUGAGGUUGCGCCCAACUCUAUAGUAAGAGUCGACUACGUCAAUAUCACCAACGGCAAUAUGCUUAGUUGUCGGCUACCCCAGCCGGUCGACAGGCAGCGGCGCAGCCUCUUUGGUGACACCAUCGACACCCCAACCAGGCCUACGUUUCUCAUUUAUAUCGUAUCUUUCUGUGGCUUCAGCGAGCCUCCGGCGGCCUCCCCACAGUUGAAGGGCACCGGGCAUCAGACGAUGAUGCCAGUACGGCGCAAGCUGGACUGGGAAGUCUCCGUCUCAACAGUCUCCAUCGCUGCAUUUGGGGCCAGUGGGUGUUGCCGCGGCCAUUUCCUCCGCCAUUUCACUAGCACCCCUGCGGUAGGCAACCCAGUCUGGCGCGCAAUCCCGAGCGCCACUCAUGGCUCAGACAGACUCGUUGCCUUGUCUGUGCCCGAGAUAUCGGCGGGAUGUGGGCGGGGCCUGGCCGUCAUGAACUUUUACAACGGCACUGGCUACCAAGGGCGCUCGAUCAUGGAGUACUACAGGACGUGCUCUUACGGACAGGUCUUACCAUCGCAGCUGGAUGUGGUGGGUCCGAUCGACAUCCCUUGUCAAGGCACCCUAAAUGUGCCCUUUACGUUUCCCACCGGCAACAGCUUUAACACCUCUACGUGUGGCAACGACAACAUGCUGAAAUGGCAUUACUAUUUGGACUCCAUCGUUACCGACCCGAAGCGGGGGUACAACAUCGUGCCGACCAAUUACCACCACAAGGUGAUCCUGAUGCCCAGGUAUUUCUCCAGCAGAAUCCGAGGUAGGUUCUGGGUGCUACCUAAGGCGCCUGGUGGGCAGCAGGAAGAUUGUAACGGAUUCGCCGGAUCGGGCUCCAUUGGACCGUGGAUACGGCAGCUCAGCAGCGUGAACAGAUACGGCACGGGCUUAAUUUGGUGGUCUGGCGAUGUGUUCAACAGCAUCGAGUUUCUUUUUCACGAGGUUGGUCACACACUGUCCAUGGCGCACGCUGAUAUAGCCGGUGGAUGUGACCUGGGCGACCAGUGCGACCACACCUGCCCCAUGGGCGCCACGGGCGGCCAAGGCAUCCGCUGCCCCAACGCGCCUCACCUCUACCAGCUGGGGUGGGGUCGACCCUACAGAUGGCUCCAGGACAGCGACCUUCGAUACGGCAUGUAUCAGCCCAUUGAUCUACCGCCGCAAAUGUCCGGAACCAGUACUUCUGUGGCGGUUGAAAUCGGAAGCGAUCGCUUCUUCUUCUCCGCUCGCAUCAACACGCAGCUGUUCGAUCUGCCGUACCGGUCAUGGGAGAACGGACCGUACGUACUGCUGCACAGCUACAAGGGCACUGCGGUGACGCCGUACGCUCGUACAAUCCUGCUGGCGUCAACGUCUUUGCGUGGGAUCGCACUGGAUCCGAUAAGUGGAAUUACAAUGAACUUUACAUCUUGGGAUCCUAGGUUGGGCGCCAGGGUAAUCGUGUGCCGGAGGUCUAAGUCUAAGGAGCAAACCUGUGGCGAUGGCCUGGACGACGACUGCGACUUCCUGCCGGACGAGCUGGACCCGGACUGUGCCGGCAGGAUGCCUGAAGCCGUCGGAGCCGGCACAGACGAGGAAUAUCAAGGCAGCAAUGAUAGGAGCCCCCUGCCGCGGCAGCCCCCAUCGCCACGACCGCCCAGCCCGCCGCCGCCUAGCCCACUGCCUCCCAGCCCGCCGCCGCCUAGCCCACCGCCUCCUAGCCCGCUGCCGCCAAGCCCACCGCCUCCUAGCCCGCCGCCGCCUUCCCCCAUUCGUGCCCAGCCUCCAUCUUCACGACCGCCCAGCCCGCUGCCGCCAAGUCCACCGCCUCCCAGCCCGCUGCCUCCCAGCCCACUGCCGCCUAGCCCGCCGCCGCCUUCCCCCAUUCGUGCCCAGCCUCCAUCUCCACGACCGCCCAGCCCGCUGCCGCCAAGCCCACCGCCUCCUAGCCCACUGCCGCCAAGCCCACCGCCUCCUAGCCCACAGCCGCUUUCCUCCCUUCGCGCCCAGUCUCCAUCUCCACGACCGCCCAGCCCUCCACCGCCCAGUCCACCUCCUCCCAGUCCACCUCCGCCCAGCCCUCCACCGCCCGCCCCGGAGCCUCCUGAGUUGCCAUUGCCACCAGGUGCAUGGAUGACUCCGCCAAACCUUCCGGAGACCCCAACACCUCCGAACGAGCCCUCCACGCCGCCGUUGCCAGCUGCUGCCAAGCCUCCGCGGCCUCGCAGCCCACCUCCGCCGCGGCCAGUCGAGACCGGCAAGUCGCCUGCCGAUCUCGAGCCCCGGCCCAGGGCACGUCAGUCCCAGACAGCUCGCGGGGCCAUUGCCAGGUUAGGCUCCUUUUGCUUUUGCACGCGUACGCGCGCAGUGCAAAUGCGGGCUUUUGGGGUACGACGGGUUAGCGCAGGAGGGCAGGCGUUCGCAGCUUCUAAAUACCUGGGAAGGAGGAGGAACUAG